GAAGCUUGCACGUUGUGCCACUGGAACGUUCCGAUUGCAGAACGACACGAUCGUAGCAGACAGCCCAACCAACAUGGCUUCCAUUAUUCCUCACUACGAACUUUCAGUUGACAGUACAAAGAUCGAGGAUGAAGCGAGAGAAAUCAUUAAACGUGUUAAACCUGAAUGGGACAUACAUACUCUUAAAUUUAAGCACUUCACGGAGGGAAUAACCAAUGCUCUAGUCGGAGGCUACCAGCCUGACAACAGGGAUGACAUGGUUCUUGUACGGAUCUAUGGGGAGAAGACAGACCUGAUCAUUGACAGACAGGCAGAGAAGGACACCUUCAUCCUUUUGAGUGGGGCAGGUUGUGCUCCGCCCCUCUACUGCACCUUCACCAACGGCAUGGCCUACGGCUUCGUGAAAGGGGUGCCUCUCGAUGAGAAGAUGGUGAAGGAUGCCAAUAUAAGGAUCCUGAUAGCCAAGGAAAUGGCCAAACUGCAUUCCCUUAAAAAAUCAGGAGAAGAGAACUCUAAUCCUGUACCCUAUGUCUUCACAAAGUUACAGAACUUUAUCAACUUAGCUCCUGAUAACUUCCCCGAACCAGAGCGACAGAAGACUUUCGAGAGUGAGUUGAAGUCCAAGGCAGCAAUUCAGGAAGAGUUCAACAUGUUGAAGGGUCGACUGGAGGCUCUCACCUGCGACGUUGUCUUCUCCCACAAUGACUUGUUGCUGCAGAACAUCGUGUAUGACAGUCAGUCGAAUACUGUUGGUUUUAUCGACUACGAGUAUGGCUUUUACAACCUCCAAGCAUUUGACAUUGGUAAUCAUUUUAAUGAAUAUGCUGGUGUAGAUGAAGUAGAUUACAGUCGUUUUCCCGACCGAGACUAUCAGUUGACAUGGAUACGUGUUUACCUGGAGGAGUAUUAUUCCUUGAUUGGGAGAGAGUCAAGAGUCAGUGAUGCUGAUGUGGAGAGGCUUUAUGUACAGGUCAACCAGUGUGCCUUAGGUUCUCACUUCUUCUGGGGAGUCUGGGCGCUUAUACAAGCCAAAUAUUCCAAGAUCGACUUUGACUUCCUAGCAUAUUCAGUUACAAGGUUUAAGGAAUAUUUUCGAAGACGAGAUGGGUUCUUGUCUCUGAAGGAGCCUCAGAUUUAAAAUCAUCAACCACAUUGAAACUCACUACAGUCAAAUAUUCAUAGGUGUCUACAAUAUUGCAAUACUCAGUUAUAAAGUGUUGAAUAGGGUGCAAUACACAGAGUAUGUAUUUGGGCUAGCUAUAGAUACAGAUCAUAGAUAAUCAUUAACUAAAUAUCAAUCAAUUAUCGGAGAAGUAACUUUGAGUAAGUACGCCAAAAAAAGUCGGAAAGAAAUCAACAUAUUCCCUCCACUAAUGAGUGGUGGCACAUUAUUCAGGGAUAACUUUGUGGACACAUGAGAUAUAACAAAAACAGUUACUUUCCACCUUCAGCAAUUGACAUUACUGACAAUAACAAGUUCGUUUUAGUAAAUCUAAACUUUAUUUCAUCACAAUUGUUUGUGUAAGAUAUCAUCGAUGACACAAUUUUCAUAUCGAUAAUCGUUAAUAUUUCUUCCCAUCCACAAAAAUUCUGAUUAUCAAUCUUUUUUUCCAGCCCUAGGUGUAUGUGCCCUAAUAUGUAUGUGAUGGCGAUGUGACUCCCUUAUAAUAAAAGUAGUAGCUAUGUUUACAUUAGGAUGUAUACUUGCUCUUGUUUAUUUUUUUGUGACAAUCAUUUAAAUCUGGUGGCCUAUACUUGAUGCCGCUUUAGCUAAGACAAAUCUUAGAAAUUUAGGACAAUAAUUAUGACUGCCAUGAAGAUGUAAUCAAAAUCAAGGAUGUAAAGAAAUGAAACGUAAUCUAAUAUUUAGAUUAGGUGGUCAAAGUUCACACAGAGUUCAUCUCACAACCUCCUAUUGAGGUGUCCUAAAAUCUUCAUACAGAGAGGAAUAUUAUCGGAGUAAAAUAUCUGGUUUUAAUGAGAUUGGUAUUCUACAUUCUUGUUAUGCCUACCUUUUAUUAAUUCAUAAUUUUAGAAACAGGUUUGGCAAGAUCUUAUGCUUGUCUUGUAGGAUUACAAUAAAUAUUGUACAUCUUGUCACUUUGUCAACAAUAUGCUCCAUAUUCUGCUUUGAUCACUUGACUGUAGAAUGUUAUAUUGAUGCUGCAAAGUUGAUGUGAUAAUGUUUUACUUAUUGUUACCAUGGUUACAAUGAUUCUCACUCAGGAUGGAUUUUAUGAGGGUAAUAUUACCCAUAAUAACAUUGUUACUAAGGUCAAAGUGUUUUUGGCUCAUCAGGACAGUCAGAUUAUGGCACGUUGUAUGUUUUCCAUCUGUCCUUUUGCUCUGAAAAUGGUUGAAUGGAUAAAACUGAAACAUAUCUGGCCAUUAUCAAGAGCCAUUCAAAAGUUUGAUGUUCGGCAAUUUGGAGUAGGGGGUCCACUUAACUACAGUAAACUACGGUUAUAACGAACUCAAAGGGACCACUGAUUUAAGUUUGCUAUAACCGUAGUUCGUUAUAAGCAUAUAUACAACAAAUGGACGGGACUAAAAAAUAAGUUUGUUAUAUCGGUCAGUUCGUUAUAAGCGUGUUCGUUAUAACUGUAGUUAACUGUAUAUCAAGUUUUCUUUGUUUUCAGUAAAUUUACAGCUAUUUAAUCAUUUGUAGCAUGACAAUUCAAAUUUGCUAAUGGCAUUGAAAUUAAAGAAUAUUUUUCACUAAUUUGAUGUGUUUAAAGAAACAAAUAUCAGAAUUGGGAACAACUGUUCAGAAUCUUCUCCUGAGCUCAAGCUAAUAUCUCCCUCAUUGUGCCCAGUGAGCAGCAGUGUCGUGGCACUAAUUUUACUAAACACAUAAAAAAAUUCCAAAGUUUAUUUGUAUUUUAUCUCAUUUUUAAGUCAUUUUGACAAUUUGACCUGACAGUGGCGAUUUAGUUACUGCAGGUAUCUCAUUGUGAUCCAAUUUACUAGUCAUAAUAUGGGUACAUUGUGUGAAGCCCAUUUCCGGUGUCCCCCACCGUGAUAUUGCUGGAAUAUUGCUAAAAGCAGCGUAAAACCAAACUCACUCACUAGUCAUAAUGUGUGUAGGAUGUGGCGGUAAAUAAAUACUUGGUAUCUGCCUCAAUAAUAGAGGAGAAAGUGUACAGACUGGUUCAAAGGUUUUUUACUUGAUCAAGGAGAAACUGUACAGACUGGAUCCAGUGUUUUUUACUUGUUCAAGGAGAAAGUGUACGGACUGGCUCCAAUGUUUUUUACUUGCUCUGACAAGGAGAAACUGUACAGACUAGCUCCAAUGUUUUUUACUUGAUCAAGGAGAAAGUAUACAGACUGGCUCCAAUGUUUUUGUACUUGAUAGGAGAAAGUGUAUACCACCUGAAGCCAUGAUCCGUGACUGAUUGUGAAAAGAAAAGGUACACAGUUUAUUGUUCAAAUAUCAACAGAACAAAGACGUGCAAUGUACAAAUCACAGAGUUUUUGUUGUCAAAAUAUGCAAAUCAUCUAGGUCAACCAUUUUGUCUCUAAACAUUCCUUUUAUUUUAUGAUGAAACAAUAUCUUACGCUAGAUGAAGGACUAAGCAUAUACUCCGAAACGUUGUGUUCCUCAAUAUAAAGAAGAAGUUGACAUCCAUAAAUUCUCUUCCUUAUGUGUAUCACUUCUAAAUGCCAUUAAAACACUGAAUAUCUGACCAGUUUUACAGACCAUCUCUUCUAUUGAUUAUGUUGAUGUCAUUAUGCCUACAUUUGCUCAACAGGACAACACAGCAAUCACAACUCGAAGAUACUUCUUAUGUAAUGAUUUGUUUGAUUUUUCAUCCAGCUUAGAUCUCAAAAGUCGAGAUAGCUGAGGAAUUGUUGACUUUAUGUGAACGGAACUUGGUGUAUUAAUGGGACUUUGAAGAGAGUUUUGAGUGAGCUUCUGUGAAGUGGAUGUGUCUCUUUGAGUUCUUUACCUUGUCCUUGGUCUUAUUUUAAAGAAUUGCAUGUACUGAUUAGUACAUUUGCAUAACUGAUACACUAUAAACAUGAUUACAGCUGAUAAUAUAUAUAUGUUAUUUUACUAUGAGUUUCUAUAACUCAUUUGAAUCCUGACCAAUGCUGAUGUGACAGAUUUCUUGCAAAAACUGUUGGUUUUGACCCAAUAACAAAAACAAAUGGGCUCCUGCAUUAUUGUAUUAGUACUGUAAUCUACUGUAGAGAAACACUUUUUAAUAUUGUUUUGCGGUUACCUAAACAAUGGUUCUAUGAACAUGAUUGAUGAUACAUGAAUAUGGAAAAGUGAAAUUGACUUUUUAUCAGGUUUAUAGUACGUCAAUGUAUCAUCAACUGAUCAGGUCGCAUAUGUAGGGGUGAAACAUUUUAUUUAUUUUUAAGGUUUUCACUUAAAAGUGUUGAUGGCAGAGAGUUGAAACUUUGUAGUAAUCUCCAUCAUGCUUCGGACCAUCUCCGUGUUCUAGUGGUAGAGCGUCCACCUGGAGAGCGGAAGGUCCGGGGCAUACCAAAAGAUGUUCAAAGAUGGUACUUGUUGUUAACCUGCUUGACGCUAGGCAUAAAGGGGCUAAAACAAGGACUGGUCAGCUCGGAAUCGGUAUGCUGCGUCUGAGUAGGGUAUUCAUGUUGAACUGCGGCAUGGUGUCUCAGUUGGCUAGCACUAUAGAAUCGGCAUUAGUCCAGACUAGUACACGCAUGUGCACAAGCAUCUGCGCGUACACACAAAUGAACACAUGCACACACCGACGCGUGCAUGCAUGUCGCUAUAAAAGUUCAUAAUCUUGGACACAGCAUUAUCCCCAAUUCACCUCCCCUUACCCAUCAAGCUUAGAGCUGGACCUUUUGGGUUAUCAUUUAAAGGUCAAGGUCACAGUGAAGGUCUUUUUUAAGAAGCAAUAUGAUACCUUUAGAAUGUUUUUGAUGAUUCUCAUGUGUUAGUUGUUACUGAUAUAGUACAUGGAUGAUUUCAUAGCAGUCAUAACAAAAGUACUCUAUCACCAAUUACAGGGUUAGAAAUUAUUUUGUUUUUACUUGUAAAAGUGACUUGCACUUAAGUUGCAAGUGGUUAUAGAUUUGCGAUAUGUAUUUGACCAUGAUAUCCUAGCCAUAUUAACAUAUAGUGUGUAGUUGAUCUGUAGGAAACUAGAAUGUUGGAAGUUCAAAUUAUGUUGCAGAUAUAGAUUGGCUUUUUGAAUGAGGGGAGAAUAUGUUUACUACUUGGUAAGUUAUAUGCUCUGUAUAACUUUCAGUAAUUAGAACUUUGACAGCUGUUGUAAUAUGAAGAGCAUAUUUAUGCAAGGGACCUGUUCUUUAUAGUGGUGGUGGUGCAACAAUGUUUCAGCUAUGACUGGACAAGAUAGUAUGGUCCUCCUUAUUUGUUUUGAGUGACAGAUGUAGUCAGAAUUUUAUAUAGAGGAUAUUUCAUGUGUCGAGUGAAAUAUCAUGUUUUUCUCACCAAGUGAUGGGGCGUGAAAGGAGAUAUUUUCACGAGUCGCGUCACGAGAUGAGAGUAACAUGAUAUUUCACUCGACAUAUAUCCUAUUUAUUAUAUACUUUUGGUGUAGCUGUCUACCGGAAAAUUGUAUUGUUUCAUUACAAAUGUAAAACCUUGAAGUGUAAAUUCUCCCUACCUAUCACACAGGGACAUUUCUCUUGACCUGCUCAAUAUUUGGCCCAAAACCCCAAAAAACUGUCACUUAAAGUUCCCAAAUUGGAAAUAAAAUUUCCCAAGUCAUGUUAUUUUAGUUAUCACUAAUGUUAUUUGUAUUUUACUGAUAACAAGUCCAAUAAAGAGAAAGUGGCCUAAACUUCAUUUUACAUUAUUGCAUUGAACACAAUUUUAAGAUACAUGUAUGUCUGAAUUUAAGAAAAAACAAACUUUUUUUUAAAAAUCCCAAUUUGUAUCAUGUUUAAAAAAUAAUGUUUUUUGUCCAUGGACACUUUGUUUGGAAUCCAAGAUAAAUCCCUGGUAACACCAAGUUCAUGUACCAGUCUCAGUGAGUGGUUUUAAUGGGCUUACUUUCCUUCUCACUGUAUCUGUAAUUUUCUUUCCUCAGACAUUAAGAUAUCUCUGAUUUCAUUUUGAUAUGAUGAGUAUUAUCAGCAAAGGAACAUUGCACUUUGCAUCUGAGAAAAGUUUCAAACAGCAGUAUUCCAACUUUCAUGUCUGAUAUGCAUGUACCACAUUUAUUUUUACUAAUAAUGUAUACAUAUAUACUACAAUGUAUAUUUAGAUUUUUCUUGAAUAAAGUAUUUUUUAUCAAUUAAUAGUA